UUAAAACAGACUAUAUCUCUUAGUCCUUUUCAUUACUGUUAUACUAUGAUUCGCUUUGCAGAUGUCUUUGCUAUGUCAUUGGGGUUUGGGGAGGAUAGGGAGGUAAGUACAUGUGCCUAUUUAUUUAACUAGUCAUCUUGAAAUGAAGCUACUUUGUGCCAUAUUAUUGCUGUCAACAGGACUGCUUUUCACUCCAUUUUGUUUGUUUAAUAAGAAAUGGAUUUAAAAUUUGUUCUCUAUGAUCACAGAUUACAGCUAUCACCUCACUGAAACAUGAUGCCACCCACCCUAGGAUACAAUAGAUUUCUACUCAGUUCAGGGAUUGUGUGACUUUACAAGACCUUUCUUGUUUGUCAGUAACUUUUUUCCAGAAAAGCAGAGGUAACAAGCCUUUAUUUGUGUGGGAAUGAUGAUAAUAAUAAGAUCAAACAUAUGGUGCUUAAUAUGUACCAGACAUGAUUCUAAGUGCUUUGUAUGUAUAAAUUUAUUUAACUCAAUAACAGUAGUUACUGUUAUUAUAUCUAUUUUACAGACGAUGAAACUGAGGCACAGAGAGGUUAAAGAACUUGCCCAAGGUCACAUAGCUGGAAAUGACUUAGAGGCCUUACAGUUACAUCUGUGCAUUCUUGCUUCAGACUUUACAGUUGAGGGCCAACCCAGUCUGCAAGUACCUCUUGUUAAUGUUACAAGGAAACUGCUACCUCAGCAAACAAAAGGAAAGGAAAAGACUUAUAAUAACAAAUGCCAUUUUUUUAAAAAACAAAACUUGUUUUCAGAAAAUAUUAAAGGAAAUUUGGUAAAGAUUUGCAUUCAAAAGAAGCUUUUCAGGUAAAUGGAUUUGGCAGGCAGGCUCUGUCAAAAUUCUACAGAGGUUUGAUCUUCCUUUAAGGACUUAGUGUGAAGUAAUUCUGUACUACUUUUUAAAUUGCUGUUGAUCAGCUUGUGGGUUUGGGGUUCUAACUUUUCUGGUAUAUUGAAAAUACAUUAUAUUACAUUUUUUAAAGUUAAGUUAUUUUUCUGCCAUUGUAAAUACAAGUAUCAAUAUUAUUGCAAAGCAAUUAUAGGUAAGCAUUUUUCUCAGCAAGCAUAUCUUUUUAUUAAGAGAGUGGAAUGCUAACAGUUCUUAUACAGCAUUUUGGACACACUUUUAUUUUUUGUCAGAGGCCCUGCCUACACUGAAAACAUUAAUUAUAUAAACCUGUUGUCUUCUCAUAUCUGUAUUGGAUCACAUGGUCACCUGCCUCAUGGAAAUGCCUUUUUUAAAACUUAGAUUUUCAGAACUCCACUAUUUUUAUACCUAGCUAUAAUUUUGGGGAAAAGAAGACUCAGAACCCUGACCCACUCACAAUCACUGGGACAAUUCCCUCUCCCGCAUGUAUUGCUGCAGUGCCCAGGACAGUAAAAUGGACUACAAGCGGCGCUUCCUGCUUGGCGGGUCCAAGCAGAAGGUGCAGCAGCACCAGCAGUACCCGAUGCCCGAGCUGGGCCGAGCACUUAGUGCUCCCCUGGCAUCUACGACCACCACUGCCCCCCUGGGCAGCCUGACCGCUGCAGGCAGCUGCCACCAUGCCAUGCCUCACUCCACUCCCAUCGCUGACAUCCAGCAGGGCAUCUCCAAGUACCUGGACGCCCUCAAUGUCUUCUGCCGUGCCAGUACUUUCCUCACAGAUCUCUUCAGCACUGUGUUCAGGAACUCUCACUACUCCAAGGCAGCCAUGCAGCUCAAAGAUGUGCAGGAGCAUGUCAUGGAAGCAGCCAGUCGGCUGACAUCAGCCAUAAAGCCUGAGAUUGCCAAGAUGCUGAUGGAACUUAGUGCUGGGGCCGCGAACUUUACAGAUCAGAAGGAAUUCAGUCUCCAGGACAUUGAGGUGUUGGGGCGAUGUUUCCUGACUGUGGUGCAGGUCCAUUUCCAGUUUUUGACCCAGGCAUUACAGAAGGUCCAGCCAGUGGCUCACUCUUGCUUUGCUGAGGUGGUUGUGCCUGAAAAAAAGAACAGCAGCAGUGGCAGCAGCUUGUCUGGCAUGGGCCAUACACCUGAACUGGAGGAAGCUGUACGAUCCUGGCGGGGGGCUGCAGAGGCAACAUCUAGACUAAGGGAAAGAGGCUGUGAUGGCCGCCUGGCAGGAAUUGAAGUUCAACAGCUCUUCUGUUCUCAAAGUGCAGCAAUUCCUGAGCACCAGCUAAAAGAACUGAACAUAAAAAUAGACAGUGCUUUGCAAGCAUAUAAAAUAGCUCUGGAAAGCUUAGGCCACUGUGAAUAUGCAAUGAAAGCUGGUUUCCACUUGAAUCCAAAGGCUAUUGAAGCCAGUUUGCAGGGCUGCUGCAGCGAGGCAGAAGCACAGCAAACGGGGCGGAGGCAGACGCCCCCACAGCCCAUGCAGUGUGAGCUUCCCACUGUCCCUGUGCAGAUCGGAUCACACUUCCUGAAGGGCGUCUCCUUCAACGAGUCAGCCGCUGACAAUCUGAAACUUAAGACGCAUACAAUGUUACAACUGAUCAAGGAGGCAGGCUGCUAUAACGGAAUCACACCAAGGGAUGAUUUUCCUGUGACUGAAGUUCUGAACCAGGUGUGCCCGUCCACAUGGCGAGGCGCCUGCAAGACUGCCGUACAGCUGCUCUUUGGCCAGGCUGGACUGGUGGUAGUUGACACAGCACAGAUAGAAAAUAAAGAAGCCUAUGCCCCCCAAAUCAGUUUAGAAGGCUCCAGAAUCGUGGUUCAAGUCCCUUCCACAUGGUGCCUGAAAGAAGACCCUGCCACCAUGUCCCUGCUGCAAAGAAGCCUGGAUCCUGAGAAGACCCUGGGUCUUGUGGACGUACUUUACACGGCUGUGCUGGACCUCAGCCGCUGGAGGGCAGGGAGGGAACAAGCUUUACCCUGCAUUCAGAUCCAGCUCCAAAGGGAGAUCUGUGAUUUUGGGAACCAGGCUGACCUGCCUUCUGGAAAUGGAAACAAACCUUCAGGUGGUCUGCAGAAGACAUUCUCCAAACUGACAUCCCGGUUCACCAAGAAAGCUUCAUGCACCAGCUCUAGCAGCAGCACAAAUUAUUCCAUCCUAACUACACCUUCCAAAAACAUCUUCAUAGCUGGGUGUUCAGAAGAGAAAGCCAAAAUGCCCAGUAAUAUUGAUUCAAGGUUACAAAGCAUUUUGAACAUUGGUAAUUUCCCUAGGACUAUAGACCCUUCACAGUCAGCUCAGAAUUCCAAUAAUCAAAUGGCCAAUGGUUUUCUCAUGGAGCGACGUGACAACUUUCUGCAAGGGGAUGAUGGCAAGGACGAGAAGGGUAUGAACUUACCAACCGAUCAGGAAAUGCAGGAAGUGAUAGAUUUUCUCUCGGGCUUUAAUAUGGGCCAGUCACAUCAGGGCUCCCCAUUAGUGACAAGGCGUAAUUCUGCUGCUACAGCCAUGGUGACUGAACAGAAGGCAGGAGCCAUGCAGCCACAGCAGCCACCACUGCCUGUGCCCCCUCCACCGCGGCCUCCCCAGGCUGGGGCACACACACCUCUGACACCCCAGCCAGGCCUGGCGCCACAGCAGCAGUCCCCAAAGCAACAACAACCCCAGGUCCAAUACUACCAACACCUGCUCCAACCCAUUGGACCACAGCAGCCCCCACCCCAGCCUCGGGCUCCUGGAAAAUGGGUACAUGGCUCAUCCCAGCAGCCAGCACAGCCUGUUGGAGCGGGUCUGUCUCCUCUUGGCCAAUGGCCUGGCAUAUCUGAUCUCAGUUCUGACUUGUACAGCUUGGGUCUGGUGAGCAGCUAUAUGGAUAAUGUGAUGUCAGAGGUUUUGGGACAGAAGCCACAGGGACCUAGAAAUAAUACCUGGCCAAACCGUGACCAAAGUGAAGGAGUCUUUGGAAUGCUGGGAGAGAUUCUGCCUUUUGAUCCUGCAGUGGGUUCAGACCCCGAGUUUGCGCGCUAUGUGGCUGGAGUGAGCCAGGCAAUGCAGCAGAAGCGGCAGGUCCAACACGGUCGCCGCCUAGGCAACCCCCGAGGACACUGGCCACCCACAGAUGAUGCCCAUCGGACCUGGCCUUUCCCAGAAUUCUUCACAGAAGGGGAUGGCCUGCACAGUGGCUGGUCGGGUACUCAGGGAGACUCAGCCAGCUCGAGUGAUGAGACGUCCUCCGCCAAUGGAGACAGCUUGUUCUCCAUGUUUUCAGGGCCUGACCUCGUUGCUGCUGUCAAGCAGAGAAGGAAACACAGCAGUGGAGAGCAGGAGACUAGCACGCUGUCCUCGCCGCCUCUUCUUACCACAGUGGAGGACGUAAAUCAGGAUAACAAAACCAAAACAUGGCCACCCAAAGCACCCUGGCAACACCCUUCGCCACUGCCCAGCACACUACCCAGCCCAAGCGCACCACUCUAUGCAGUCGCCAGCCCUGGCAGCCAGUGGAAUGACACCAUGCAGAUGCUGCAGUCCCCGGUGUGGGCUGCGACCAGCGAUUGCAGCGCCGCCUCCUUCACCUACGUGCAGACCCCACCGCAGCCCCCACCCCCACCAGCACACAAGGCAGCACCCAAGGGCUUCAAAGCCUUCCCUGGGAAGGCUGAGCGCAGGCCUGCCUACUUGCCCCAGUACUGACCCAGGCCAGCCUGUCUGCCUGCCCAAAGCUGUUGGGGCCAGUGUCCCCAUCCCAGGGCUGACUACCUGGCACCAUCCCCUCAGAGGACCAGUGCACCCCUGUCCCAGGCAGGGAUCCUUGGGGAUGGGGGUGGUUGGCAGCUCCAAAUCUUGAAGGCCUGGCUUCUUAGACUUUGGAGGCAUCAGACAGACCCCUGGAGGGCCAGCCGAAGACAGGUCUCUGACCCUCCUCAGGGAAAUGCUGGGAUCUUUGGGCUUAAUAAGCACUUCCAGUGAUUCUGAUGCAGUUGGGUCAGAGGCCACACUCUGAGAGACACAGCUCUCAAGUUUGUAGUCCCACUGUGUUUGCUGCGAAGGCAUCAGGCCUGAAGGCUGACUGCAAAACUGACCAUUCUUCUGAAACCUUCCCUUUAACAUACUGAGUGAUGACCAUACUAGUCACUGUAUUUUAUAGCUAUUUUUCAUAUAGGUUUUUAGUUAAAACAUCUCCUGCCUAAAAUGCAUUGAAGUUUUUAAGGUAACAAAUAUAGUAGCUGGAGGUUUGUUCAACACUAUUUUUAUUUAAGCUUGUACAAAAUGGGCAACACAGAGAAUAUUUGUGCUCAGAAGCAAUCACGUAGGUUUUCUGUGUGGGCAGCCCUUCACCACCCCGGCAACACCCAGGGGUUGCAGCCUUUAUCGGACUUACAAAAGCAGCAUCAUAAAACUGAUGUCGGAGGCAUAUUCCUGAUGGUGCAUGGAGGUGAGUCAGCUGGCUGCUGUCUGUGUGGGAUAAAGAUACACCUGUUGCCCUCCGAUCCUUCCACACAUGGCCAGAGGCUUCAAUAUAGUCUCAAAUGUGGGGUGUGGUCAAGGGGCUGCACAGAAACACCUGCACUUGAAAUUGCAGUAACUUUUGUGAGCUGGCUCAAGACAAACCAAUUAAAAUGUAGAUAGGAAUUAAUUUAAAGUAUUUUCUUACAAAAAAAAAAAACACCUCAUUUUCAGUUAACAUGUGCCAUUAUAUAGAUAACACCCUGUGGAUUUAGGGAUAUUUUCCAGCCAGAAUGGAUCCAGAAGAACUGAAUGGUGCUUAAAUUGAGAAAUAAUAAUAAAUAUAUCUAUAUAGAAUAGAUAUCCCAUUGUAUAUUAAUUGAGGUUACAGAAGUUCUUUAUAUAAAACUUAUUUAAAUUUUUCAUAUUUCAUCUUUGAAAAAGUCUAAUUGAGAAAAAUCCAUAAUAUUUUCUGGUAUGAAAGUUUGACAGUAUUAAUAUUUUUUUUAUAUUUUCUUAAAUCAUUAAACCAUUUUAAUAUAUGUUAACUACUAAUAAA